CAAAAUCUUACACCUAACCGAUUAUUUUUACCUUAAUUCUUCCAAAAACCAACCACCACUUCCCCACUCUUUUUUCUUCUGAUUUCCAAAACCUGCCGCUUCAUUUUGGAUGCACAAUCUCUCAGCUCUGCAACUCUCUCACUUUCCAUGUCUAUGGCAAUUUCAAGGUAUCCUCUUUCUUCUUCAUCAUCAGUAUCGCAAGCCUCAUUCCCUCUUCUCUUCUCUUCCGUGCUCUCUCUGAGCUGCUUUUAGUCCAAGAUCCUCUUUCUAGUGACCCCAUGAUCACUCAUCAACGUCUUUGAUAACUGUCUUCUGUAGAAAAGAAGUUUCAAUCUUUUCUGCAAUUUCAGACACCCUUUUGCCUUUUAUGCAACAAGCACUAGAGCAGCCAAAAACCCAAUAGCCUUUUGCUUCCUGGGGUUUUCAGAUCCUGGAUCGGUUUUUCUCAAGGUUUUUCUCUCUGAUCUGUUUGUGAAGAUGCAUUAGAUUGAUAUUGCUUUGUGGCUCAUGUCAAGUUUCAAAGAACUUUCAGUUUCACCUGAGGAUCAUGCAUCUUCAUGAGGCUUUCUGGUAUUGAGAGAAAAGGGUCAAUUUAGUUCACAAGAGUGAGGAGAUUGAAGCUGUUUUGGUGUUGGGUUUGUUUAGAUGAUAAUAUGCUAGAAGGUUAUUACUUUACGAGUUUGGAUCUGAAAGAUUGUCCUAUUGGACAAGUUAAACAAAAGGGUUUGGAGCCCUUGCCAUUGCUUUGAAUUCAAGUGCAAAUCUGGUUUUUGCAUUAGCUCACUCCUCUUGGAGUUCCUUUCGAGAUGGCUGUAACCGACCGGUGUUUCGUGGAAUGGAAAGAGCAUUUUGUUUCCCAAGAGCGUGGCAACCGUGUGGUCCACUAUUACCUGAAGGAUUCUGAUGGGGAAUCCAUACUUGCUGUUGUGGGCACUGAGAGGAGUGUUAGACACAUGUUCUACGUUGUCGCCGAUGAGUUUUUGGAAAUUUGUGGGAAGGAAGGUUCUGUUCCUGCCGGUUUCAAAUGGAGAUCUAGAAGAGAGGUGGUUGAUUGGCUGACGUCAACACUUUCAAAGCAGCAUCUUCAAGGAGAUAGAAGUGGAUCACCUAGUCAUUCUUCAGGACAUGCUUAUGAUACCACAAAUGGUAGUGUCAAUGAAAUUACUGGUCUUCCUGCUCCGAUAGCGAAUGGCAAGGGAUUUCUAACCCGAAACUCCAAAUUAUCCAAGUCUGACAUUGUUUGGUCUGGAGUGGCGUGGACGUGUGGCAAGCAGCUUAAACAUUAUCAUGCUUUUUGCAGGAAUGGCAUCAAAAUAAUUGUUCAAUCAUUUGUUUUUGUCAUGGGCAAGGGCGAGAAUCAUUAUGUUGCUUAUUUAGAGGAUAUGUAUGAAGAUAGGAGGGGGCAGAAAAAGGUCAAAGCGAGGUGGUUUCACCAUAAUCAGGAAGUCAAGGGUGUGAUUCCCAUACGAAAUCCACAUCCUCGGGAAGUUUUCAUCACACCAUAUUCUCAAGUCAUUAGUGCAGAGUGUAUUGAUGGUCCUGCCGCGGUCUUAAGUCGUGAACACUAUGAAAAAUGCAUGCCUUGCUUUUCCCCAACUUCAUCUGAUAGAAUACAUAUGUGCUUUAGGCAAUUUAGGAGCAACAAAGUCAAGCCCUUUGACUUGAGUAAACUGCGUGGCUACUAUGAUCAACCAAUUCUUUCUUGCUUGCAAUUUGAUUCUAUGCUGAACCCCAAGGGAAAUAGCCUAGCAGGAGGAGAUGAAGAGUUGAGUGCAGGUGAAAAUGUAAAGCUCAGAACCAAGAGAAGGGAUAGGGGAACUCCUCAGUCUUUGAUGGAUCGACAAGGAGUUAGGAAGUUAGUUAGGAGUCAGCAAAUGAUGGUAUACAAAAACUCUCAGGGUGUAAAUAAUUCUAGGACAGAUAGGAAAUUGUUUUCUCAGAAGGAAGUUGAAUCUCAACCUUGGUAUAAUGUCACAUACAAGAUUGAUGACAAGAUAGAGGUCCUCUGUCAGGAUAGCGGUAUCAGAGGCUGCUGGUUCAGGUGUACGGUUGUGCAGGUAUCUCGGAAACAGAUGAAAGCCCAAUAUGAUGAUAUUCAGGAUGAAGAUGGAAGUGGAAAUCUUGAGGAAUGGAUCCCUACUUUCAAGUUGGCCAUGCCAGAUAAACUUGGGAUGAGACAUCCUGGCCGAUCAACAAUCAGGCCAGCUCCUCCAACCUCUGACGAUCAAGAAUUGGUUAUUGGGGUUGGAACUGCAAUUGAUGCAUGGUGGAGUGACGGCUGGUGGGAGGGAGUUGUAACUGAAACUGAUAACUAUGUUGAUGAUAAUGUGCAAGCAUACUUUCCUGGUGAACGGUUGCUAAUGAAAGUAAGCAAGAAAGAUCUAAGAAUAUCUAGAGAUUGGUCCGGGGACAAGUGGAUUGGUAUUAAGCCGAAGCUCGAUAUAGCCUCAACUAUAUUCGACAUAAAUGGCGUUAACACGAAGCAUUCCACGUCCCCAGCUAAAGACGGGGACUCUGUUGGUGCUGCAAAUUCAUGUGAUGAAGUUCCGGCAAGUGACGAGGCUAUUAAUGAACCAGAUUUUGCUGAAGAAAAGGUUGAGGGUGUUGCUGAAGAUGGGGAUAACAAUGAUGAUGAUGGUGAUAAUGAUAAUAAUAAUAAUAAUCUUUUGUCAGAAAAAGAUACUGAAGUAGAUAAUAAUGUGAUCGAGAUGAAUAGCACUGGUAAUGAAGAUAAUGGUGAUGAUUCUAAUGACAAUGAUGACAAUGUUGAUAACACGGACAGCGAAAACGAUAACGAUAACAAGGAGACGGAGGCGUUUGGCACUUCCGUGGCGGACGGUAAAGCCGGGGAACCCGUGGAAAUGGCUGUAUAAACGUUUUGUUUUUUUGCUAGAACUGAUGGCUGAUUGUAGAGCAUUGCAACCAUCUCUUACUUUGUUGUAAGUUGAGUCUAAUAGCUAAGAUAGGAAUGUAAAUAGUAAUGUGGAAAGGUGAUUCUUCGUUUUUAACCUUCCAUAUAGGUGUACAGUGUUAAGGGGUAAUGUCUCCGAGUAUCUGUUUUUCUCUAUUUCAAUUGAUUGUAUUAGAAUGUAGAUUUCUUUCAUAAGGGAACAGAUAUUGUUGAUUAA